AUGCCUGGAAUUUUUUCUCUCGAAAGUAUUGCUGCAUAUGCAAAAUCAGUUGAUUUAUUUUCUAAGCUGAGAGCAAGAUUCCUAAGCAGGUUCCUUUCAGCUGGAGCAGCUCCUGGGUCUGUUUUGGUAUUAAAAGGCAUGAGUGAUUCUCAAUAUUAUGAUACAGAUCAAGAUAGAGAAUACCGGCUAGAAAGCUUCUUUUUCUACCUUUUCGGAGUUGAGGAACCCGACGUAACAGGGCUAUUAGAAGUCAGCACUGGCUUGCCACAUCUUUUUGUUCCAAGACUUCCAGUUAAUUUAGGCCUAUUUCUAGUUAUCCAAACACCAGAAGUCUUAUUUAGGAAAUAUGGCUACCAAUGUCAUUAUUUAGAUGAAAUGAGUGCUGUGUUGUCACAAAUAAACCCAAGUAAAAUUUACUUAAAUAAAGGGACAAACAGUGAUAGUGGUGUUGAAACUCCAUCAACCUAUGUUAAACUUCCAGAGUUCGAUUCUUAUGAAAUUGAUGAAAACUUGCUGUAUCCUCAUCUAUCAGAGUCCAGAGUCACAAAAAUUCCUGAAGAAUUCGAAAUAUUGAAAAGAGCAGCACUUGCAGCCUCAGAAGCGCAUAUAGAAGCAAUGAAAAUAUGCAAGCCAAAUAUGAUGGAAUACCAGCUUGCAGCAACUUUUUAUCAUCAUGUUCAGUUUAGAUACGGGCAGACAUAUGCAUUUACUCCUAUUAUUGGCUCAGGAAAUAAUGGUUCAGUCCUUCAUUAUCCUAACAAAAAUUGUAAUAUGGAAGAUGGGACAAUGGUUGUUUCUGACAUGGGAAGUUAUGUAUAUGGAUUUUGCUCAGAUAUUACCUGCUCAUACCCUGUAAAUGGUGUUUUUACUCAUAAACAAGCUGGAAUUUAUAAUGCUGUGCUUAAAGCUAAUAGAGCUGUAAUUGAAGCCAUGAAGCCGGGAGUAGAUUGGACUGAUAUGCAUAUUUUGGCUGAAAAAGUUAUUAUUCAAGAUUUAGUUGAUAUUGGCUUAUUGAGAGGAAAUGUUGAUGAAAUGGUCGAGAAACGCGUCGGGGCAAUCUUUUUCCCACAUGGACUUGGCCAUUUCUUAGGGAUGGACACUCAUGAUGUUGGAGGCUAUAGCACAGGGCACCCUAGACAUACUUGUCCUGGGCUAAAGAAAUUAAGAACAAGAAGAAAUUUAGAGGAUGGAAUGUACAUCACAGUGGAACCUGGCUGCUACUUCAUUGAUUUCGCAUUAGAUCAAGCUUUAGCUGACCCUGAAUUAAGCAGAUUUUUAGUCCCAGAAAAGAUCCAAGAAUAUAGAGGCUUUGGAGGGGUAAGAAUUGAAGAAGACGUCAGAGUUACCGCAACAGGCUGCGAAGUACUCAGCAAAGUACCUAGAACAGUUCCUCAAAUUGAAGCCUGUAUGCGUGGAGAAGACUGGACACUCGUUUAA